CGGCCGUUGACCUCAUUGGACGAAAACCGGGAGUCUGAUGGGCUCUUUGGUAGCUUGAUCCUUUUUUCGGUUCAGCGUUAGGAUUCAGUUCAACUUCCUUCAGAUUGUUGUGAGCACCUCUGAGCGGUGACGGCAGAGACAGGGGAUUUGUUGAAUUUAGGCGGCUACCUGCCUAUCCCAUUGGAUAAACCACAGGGAAAGCUGCUUGUUAAAGGAAUCCCACGUCUCUCGCGUCACCUUGCAGCCGGCGUGGAAUCGUGGACGGUCCGCUUUUCCUGUCAGGACGGAUUGUAACAUCGGAGCAGAGAUUCAGUGCAGUUUUUAUCUAAAGGGCAGUGAUUAAGUUGGCGACCACAUCCAUUACCCUGGGUUCAGUGUGUGAGCAUCACUGAAUCCAGCAAGUGCAUCCAGCAGCAAAGUAGUCAACGGCUAGUAUUGGCGAUGAAACCCGAUGGGGUGGCCACAGAACCAUCUGAACCAGUGGAAGCAGAGGGAUUGGGACCAAUAGCAGGGCCAGAUGACAAUGAGGGGGCGUCCCAAAAUGGCACUGCCCCAACACCUCCACAUCCCGAUGAAGCCCUAAAUAAGCAAGAUGCUCCUUCAACUGUUAAGGAGGCCCCUGGAAAGGCAGAGGAUCCUAAAGGUAAAUCCAAAGCCCCCAUCAAAGGAAAAACUACAGCAAGCGGUCAAGCUACCACGGGCCCAGGCACGAGACCCAAAACAACCCAAAGCCGUGUGGCUAAUGGCGUCACAAAAACUGCAGCAAGUACGGCAGCCAAGAAACCAGCUACCACUUCGACAGCAGAGAAGAAACCCAGCACUGCUGCCGGAGGUCCAGCUCCAAGUAAGAAACCUGCCGGCUCUUCCACAGCAACCUCAAGGGCCCAACCUGGGGUGACAGCUGUUGGGACUGGCAGAACAACAACUACCACCAAAGUUACGAAGACAGGAACAGCUGUCAGCACAGCCACCGGCGUGAGUAGGAGACCUGCCACUGCUCCUGCCAGUGCAGCAACCAAGCCCAAAACCACAGCUCCAGCUCCAAAACCCACCACUGCCAAACCCAGCACUUCAGCCACGGCCAAAACCUCUUCAGCUCCAAAAACGAACAGGACAAUUGGAAAUACUGCAUCACGGCCAGCUACUACUUCAGCUACAGGCAGAACAACUACUACUACAACCACCACCACCAGUACCACAACUACUGCAGCAAGUAGAACAAGCCGUGCUGCUUCUCAACAGCCUGUUAAACCUUUGGUUACAACAUCACUCACCCGCAAAGAUCCUGGCAAAACGGGCACUACUGCCCCAGCAAAGAAACCAGUUGCAGCAGUAACAUCCCGUCCUGCUGCCAGCAAGCCUUCAAACUCGGAUGCUCCAAAACAAGCAGCAGUUACAAAACGACCCUUACCUAGCGUCAAAGCACCGCAACCGAAACCGGAUGACAAAAAAAGUGUACCAACACGUAAGGUGCCACCUAGUCCACGAAACAUUCCUUCACGGGCAGCGUCAGGCAAGACAGCUGCCGCCUCUUCUAGUCACAAACCAACAGGUAGCAGUACGACAGUUACUGGGAAGCUUCAACCAAACAAACCAACACAGUCUGUUUUACCCAUUGUUGUCAAAGAUAAGCCUGCUAGUAAAGAACCUGCUGAAGAGUCUGUGCAACUUUCAGAAGCUGCAGUAGCUGCUGUUGCAGUAGCUGCUGUUGCAACAGCUGCAGCUAUAGCCACAGAAGAAUCUGGGUUGGAGCCUGAUGCUACAGCAGCUUCAGAGAGCCCUCUAGAUGUGCCACCCUCCUCUUCCUUAAAUGCUCAGGAAAUUAAAGAUGUGCCGGUCUUUAUGGCCAGUGACAACAACACAGAGCUGCUGGCUCAAGAAGCUGGUCCUGUUGAAUUGUCUGGAGAUAUUCAGAAUUUUGAAGAACAGGGUUCAGAAAAAGUUAACGAAGAGGUUUCUGCUGCUGCUGGAGAUAUUCAGAAUUUUGAAGAACAGGGUUCAGAAAAAGUUAACGAAGAGGUUGCUGCUGCUACUGGAGAUAUUCAGAAUUUUGAAGAACAGGGUUCAGAAAAAGUUAAUGAAGAGGUUGCUACUGCUGCUGAACCAGUUGCACAUGAAGCAGUUGAGCAAGAAAGUUGGACAGCUUCACCGUUUGAUAACCUUGCUGCUGCAAUAGUGCCCUCUGUUGGCUUGGAAGUGGCUGAAAAAGCUGAGCUAAUUAACAGUGAGUGUUAUGAAGAUGUGGAAGAAGAAAGGGAGGGCAGCCAACAAGUGUCUUUGUCAGAAAUGAGUGGCACCCAGCCUACUGAAGAGUCUCAACCUGGGUCAGCUGGGCUUCCUGGGUCUAUUUGGCGAGCAGGGGCCUUGCUCUCAGAGCUUGACUCUGAAGAUGUAAGCUGCAGCCAGCAAGGGGCAUCUGAGCUUAGUGCUCCAGGUGUCCUGGAGGGCACUGAAAGCAUGGAUGAUCUGGGUGAUGCUAGCCUUAAAGGAGCUGAAGGUGCAUCCGUUGGGUCUCCUGACUUUGAGAAGGUUCCUGAUAUUCUUACUAAUGAAGAUGAUGAUGAGGAGGACGAUGAUGAUCGAGUAUGUGAUAUGGAGGUAGGGUCGGAAAGAGCAGAUGACUCACACAGGCAGCAUCAUGACAAUGAUAUUGAUGAAGAUGAAGAUGUAGAAAUGGCAAGUGAGGGCGUUACUGAGAGUGGGCUUGAAAGUUAUGGAAAUGCAGAUGAGGAUGACUUAACAGAAGACUACCGGUUGGACAACCUGAAUCGUAUUCAGCCUCCUGGCAUGGAUAUGUCUGUCCCUCCAGCAGCUCAGUGGAGCUUUGCUGAUCCUUGGGCCCAGCUUCCACAACCGGCCUCUACUCUUCUCUCUAGUCCUUCCUCUGAACACUGGGAUGCAAACCCUGAAACACCAACCCAGGUACCUGCUCAGGCAACAAUAGAUGUUAGCAACUCUGAAAGAGGCCCAACAUCUCCUUACCCCUCCAACCUUUUUGAACCACCACCUUUUUCGACUCAGUCCCCACCAACAACUGCAGAGGAGGAUGCCUGCCCCAAACUAGGUCUGACACCCCCUCAAGGCUCCGAAUCCCAGUUUGGUACCCUCAGUGUCCCGGAGCUAGCAUCUGACAGUAACAGAGACACAGGCAAACCUGAGGAGCUGAAAGAUUUCAAGGGCUGUUUAGGUACUGAGAUUCAUUCCAAAGAAGAGAAGUCAGAAUCACUAAACCCGGUCUUGCCUGACAUCAUGCAAGAUCUAGGAAUUCACCUUGAACAAGCUGAUGAGGAAGAAGAACCAGAGACUUUACCAGCUGAUGAUGUACUGGGUGGUCCAGCAACUGCUCCAGCAUCCGCACCAUCCUCUCCUUCAUCAGCUACUGAGGAUGAAGUUAGUGAUACAGAAGGUGAAAUGCAAAUCAGUGACCCUCAAGCUGAGCUUCCUGUAAUUGAACCUACCUGUGAAAUGGCACCUGUUUCCCACAAUUUGUCCACUUUAGAUGAGCAUGAAGAAAUCGGUGGAGAGACAGAAGGUGGUGGUGGUAGUGAAACCCCUCAAUCUGCCACAUCUGCUGCUUCCUAUGGCUUUGACUACAUGACCUCUAAUUCCAAUGCCCAGUCAUCUGCUGAAAGUUGCAGCAAGAGCCCUGGCAUCUUUUCCCUUGAAAAUGAAGAGCAGCUCCCAGAUGAGGCCAAAGAUCCAUCUCUGCUCAAAGAGCUCACCCUGAUGCCUACUCCUGCAGAUACGGAAAAGAUUGAAGCACUAAAAUGCCAACAUGGGGAGUUCCAGUCCCACGCAGAGCAACAGUCACACUCAGAGCACCAAUAUAUGCUUUGUGGGGAGUCCACUGAGUUGCCAGAGCCAAGUUCACUACUGGCAACUGCACCUGUAGAAUCAACUUUGAUUGAUCCUUCAUCCUACAGGGUCCCACAGCACCCAGAAGAACCGCAAGAUCCUGACACUCAGCACCCUUAUUACUCCACUAUAUGCGGAAAUUCUGAUAGUCCCUUGGCAGGAAGGAACUCCCACUUUCCACCACACAUGCCCGACUUGCUCCAUAUCCAAAUGACAAUGUCAUCCAAACUUCGCCUCCGCCCCCGUUCUGUCCACGGGACCCAGCCACCACGGCUUCCCACAGACCUUCCUCCCAGAAUACCAAGUGGCGGUUCAAACACACAGCUCCGAUGUCUAGAGAAACACCAACAGCAGCUACAAGAGAUCAAGCAAUGGCAGGAGAAGCAGUAUCAUGAACAAGAGAGACAAGAAGAAGCGAGAAAGAAACAAGUUACGAAGGAGAGAGAGGAGGAAGAGGAGUUGGAGAAGCAGAGGAGGAAUUUGCUUGAGUUGGAACUCAGACAGCAAGAGGAAGAACUGAAACAGCGACAGCAAAUCAUGCAGUGGCAAGAAGAACUUGAACAGCAGCAGCAACAGCAGCAGAAACAAAAGGCACAUACACCGGUUCUCCUGUCUCCUUCGUCAGGCCUGUGUACCAUCUAUGAAACUCUUGAAGCAAGUGAUUCCGAAGAGGAGGAACAAGGAGCGGUUGAAGAAACUGAGAAAACCGAGGACAAAAGGACCCUUAAUGCAUGUCCUGAUGAAGAGAAGCAUCAACGUUCUGAAGAAAAAGAUGAAGUUGAUCGUCAUUCGAAUUGCACAACACCUUCACUAGAUGCUGCUUCUCAUCAGGAUUUACAGAAUGACCAUAAUAGUCCUCCCCAGUCUCCCUCUGAAUCUCCUAAGCUUCACGCACCUCUAGAGUUUGACUGGGGCAAGAAGGUGGAUAUUGUCCAGCAUCUGAUUAAUCAGACAUUACUGUUUGCAGGUGAUGGUUGCUCACCACUUCUGCUACCCGGUGGGAAAGGUGGAACACUUAGUCCCCUUGAAAGCAGCCUGUGGCCUAAUCUAUUACCUCCGUUUACACCCCCUUCAGCCACCGUGACUUCUGUAAGCAGCUUCUCACCUGAAACUCCAGGCAGUUCUGCUCAAGGUGAGUGGACCGUUGUAGAGCUGGAGACACAUCACUGA